CGAGGAGAAAAAGGAGAGAGAGCAGAGCAGAGAGGAGCUGUGGGAGGAAGGAGACGUGACGGGAGGACUUAAAACAGGAGCACCCGGGACUAGGAGGGAACACAGAGGAGAAAGUGGAUCAUAUUUGCUGCACAUUUGGAGAUUUAAGCGGCGGGAUACGUGGUGCGGAGUGUUACGCACGACAGCGUUUCCCUGCGGUAAAAUCAGCCUGAGUUUUUGGACAGGAGGCGUACGGGUAGCCUGCCUGCUCUUCCUCUUCAGAAAGGAGGGUUUAUAGCGGGGAGGUUUACGGAGCAGCACACUGAAGGCGCAGAGGAGGAGUUGGGAUGUCCUGAGUCAGUCCUCCGGGCCCAGAGAGCGGUGUGCUGAUGGGACCUGCUGCGCCACCAUGAGCUUACAAGAUGGCGGCUGCAGCUACGCCAGCAGCGCCAACAUGGCCACCGCUUGUGGCAGCAUGCGGCGGCGCCUGGAGGACCAGGACUUCAGCCUGCGCGUCUAUCCGGGAGCCCUGGCUGAGGGAACCAUCUACUGUCCUGUCAGCGCCCGCAAGAACACCACGGCUGCUGAAGCCAUCGAGGUUCUCAUCCAGCGGCUGUGCCUGGAGCGAACCAAAUGCUACGUGCUAGCUGAGGUGAAGGAAUUUGGCGGGGAGGAAUGGAUCCUCAACCCCAGCGACUGCCCCGUUCAGCGGAUGAUGCUGUGGCCUCGGACUGCCCUGGAGAACCGCAGCGGUCUGGGUAGUGGCGAGGACUACCGCUUCCUCCUGCGAGAGAAGAACCUGGAUGGAUCUAUUCAUUACGGCGGCAGCCUGCAGAUGUGGCUGCGGGUGACUGAGGAGCGUCGGCGCAUGGUGGAACGAGGGUUCCUCCCCCAGCCCACAGGGAGCGACCCUCCGUCCGACCUCUGCACUCUCCCGGAGCUAACAGAGCGCACUCUUUUGGAAAGCCUUCGUGCACGUUUCCGCCAGGAGAAGAUCUACACUUACGUUGGGAGUAUUCUUAUUGUGAUUAACCCUUUCCAGUUCCUGCCAAUCUACAACCCAAAGUACGUCAAAUUAUAUGACAACCACGCUUUAGGGAAGUUGGAGCCACACAUUUAUGCUGUGGCAGAUGUGGCUUAUCAUGCUAUGCUACAGCGGCGGAAGAACCAGUGCAUCGUCAUCUCUGGUGAGAGCGGGUCAGGGAAGACCCAGAGUACCAACUUCCUCAUUCAUCAUCUGACGGCGCUCAGCCAGAAGGGAUUCGCCAGCGGGGUGGAGCAGAUCAUCCUGGGAGCCGGCCCUGUGCUGGAGGCCUUUGGGAACGCUAAAACCGCCCACAACAACAACUCCAGCCGCUUUGGGAAGUUCAUCCAGGUCAACUACCAGGAGAGUGGCACUGUCAGAGGAGCGUAUGUGGAGAAGUACCUGCUGGAGAAAUCUCGUCUAGUGUAUCAGGAGCACAAUGAAAGGAACUAUCACGUGUUUUACUACCUUUUGGCCGGAGCCAGUGAAGAGGAGAGGAAGUCUUUCCACCUGCUCAAACCUGAGGAAUACCACUACCUCAACCAGAUGACAAAGAAAUCACACAAACUGCACUGGGACAAUUACUAUGAGAGCGAUCUGCAGGACUGCUUCACAGUGGAGGGAGAGGAUCUGAAACACGACUUUGAGCGGCUGCAGCUGGCGAUGGAGAUGGUCGGCUUCUUACCCACAACACGAAAACAGAUCUUCUCUCUGUUGUCUGCAAUCCUCCACCUGGGAAACAUUCGCUACAAGAAGAAGACCUACAGGGACGACUCCAUCGACAUCUGUAACCCAGAGGUGCUGCCCAUCGUCUCUGAGCUGCUAGAGGUGAAAGAGGAGAUGCUGCUAGAAGCGCUGACGACCAGGAAGACGGUGACAGUCGGGGAGAGGCUCAUCGUACCGUACAAACUGGCUGAGGCAGGCACGGUGAGGGACUCCAUGGCCAAGUCACUGUACAGCGCGCUGUUUGACUGGAUUGUGUUCAGGACCAACCACGCCCUGUUAAACAACAAGGACCUGGAGGACAAUUCAAAGAUUCUGUCCAUUGGAGUCCUCGACAUCUUUGGAUUUGAGGAUUACGAGAACAACAGCUUCGAACAGUUCUGCAUCAACUUCGCAAACGAGCGUCUUCAGCACUACUUCAACCAACACAUCUUUAAAUUAGAACAGGAGGAGUACAGGGCAGAGGGCAUCACCUGGCACAACAUCGACUACAUCGACAACAGCGGCUGUCUCAACCUCAUCAGCAAGAAACCCACAGCGCUGUUCCACCUGCUGGACGAGGAGUGCAAUUUCCCUCAGGCAUCCAAUCAGACCUUGCUGGACAAGUUCAAGCGUCAGCAUGAAGGAAACAGCUACAUCGAGUUCCCCGCCGUCAUGGAGCCCGCCUUCAUCAUCAGACACUACGCUGGGAAAGUCAAGUACGGAGUCAAGGACUUCAGGGAGAAAAACACUGACCACAUGCGUCCGGACAUUGUGGCCUUGCUUAAGAGCAGCAAGAACGCCUUCAUCUGCGGCCUGAUGGGAAUCGACCCCGUGGCCACUUUCCGCUGGGCUGUGCUGCGAGCGUACUUCAGAGCCCUGGUGGCUUUCAGGGAGGCCGGCCGCAGACAUACACAUAAAAAAACAGGGAAUGAUGCUGCUGUUCCCUGUUCUGUUGCUAAAGCUGUCGACAGUUUUAGUUUCCUCCAUCACCCGGUUCACCAGAGGAGCCUUGAGAUCCUUCAAAGAUGCAAAGACGAAAAAUACAGUAUCACUCGUAAGAACCCUCGGACUCCUCUGUCAGACCUCCAAGGAACCAACGCCAUGAAUGAGAAGGCCAGCUGGGAUGGCUUCGGUGUUGGCUGCAACGGUCGCCGGACUGGUCGUCUUUCGUCAUCAGGGAGUCCCGCCCUGGAAGAAGACGGGAUCUUCAUCCAUUCAACCAGCAGCAAACUGCUGGAGAGAGCUCAGGGCAUCCUAAUGAGAAACAAAAACUGCAAAAGCAAGCUCAGCCUUCCCAAGCACUUGUUGGACGUGAAGUCUCUCCGCUACUUGAGCAGCGUGACGCUCCACGAUCGCAUCACCAAGUCUCUGCUUCACCUGCACAAGAAGAAGAAACCGCCCAGCAUCAGCGCUCAGUUCCAGGCUUCCCUCAACAAACUGAUGGAGACUCUCGACCAAUCAGAGCCCUACUUUGUCAAAUGUAUCCGCUCCAACGCUGAGAAGCUGCCGCUGCGUUUUAAUGACAGUCUGGUGCUCAGACAGCUCAGAUACAUGGGAAUGCUGGAGACCGUCCGCAUCAGACAAUCAGGAUACAGCAUCAAGUACACCUUCCAGGAAUUUGUGCGUCACUUUCAUGUGCUGCUGCCUCGAGGCACAAAUCCGACCAAGUCCGGCAUCAGGGAGUUUUUCCGGCGGAUCCACCUGCCUCCUGCUGGCUAUCAAGUGGGAAACACGAUGGUGUUCCUGCGUGAGGCAGAGCGUCAGCGUCUUCAGACCUUGCUCCACCAGGAGGUCCUGCGGCGGAUCAUCACUCUGCAGCGACGCUUCAGGGCCAUCCUGGAGAGGAAGCACUUUGUCAACAUGAGGACAGCCAGCUGCGUCAUCCAGCGAUGGUGGCGAUCAUGCCUUCUCAAAGAGUCCGCCAUGGAGUCCGGCUAUGAGGAGGGGGCUGCGGUGUGUCUGCAGGCGGCCUGGAGGAGCUACAAGGAGCGCCGGAGGUUCCUGCAGUGGAGAGACUCGGUCAUCAUCAUACAGAGGACCUGGAGGAGCUGUCGCCAGAGAAGAUCUGCGGCGGCCAUAACGGUUCAGGCGGCAUGGAGAGGGUUCAGGGAGAGGAGGAGGUACCUACAGACCUACAGGGCGGUGACGCUGCUGCAGGCGGCAGGCAGGGGAUACCUGGCUCGACUAAGAUUCAAGGAACUGAAGGAGCAGCAUGAACGACUCAAACAACAGAGUCUUCCUGCAGAGAUGGAUGAAGGAGCCAUGGAGGACCUCGCAUCAUCAGCGCAGGAAGUUUGUGCCCAGGACAUAUCUGUGUCUGAAAACCUUAAACCUACCCUGUUCGACACAGGAGACACAGAGAAAGAGGAAGACUCAGAGAGAGGUAAAGACGAGAUGAGUCAUAAGAACCGAUCCAAAAGAGAGAGCAGGCGGAUGAGAGAGCUGGAGCAGGCUCAGUUCAGCUUAGAGCUCCUCAAGGUCAGAAGCACCAGCAUGGGCGCUCCUCUGCAGGAAGACUCUAUCCCAGAUAACAGACACUCACCGCGGGGGUCUCCAGCCAGUCAUGGAAGUUUUGAGCUGCUCAGUGUAGAGGAUAUGGAGACUGAAGGCUCUGCAGGCUUUAGUUCACAGCAGAAUGCACCUCAAGAACAUCCCCAGAGUCUGAAUAUUCCGCUCCACAAGGAGCUCAGAGAUUCAAACUUUAACGAAAAGCCUGCGAUGGAGCCACCAACAAAAGAGGAGAGUCCAAGGGCAACAUUUUACAUCCCCUCUGACCAAAGUCCAGUUCAUGAACCAAAAUUUGAAAGCCCAAAUAAAUCCUACAAAGACAGAAGAGAGUCCACGUCCCGGAGGCCCGUGGUGGUGUUGAUCAGUAUGCAGAAGGAGAGUCCUGUGGAGGAGGGGGAGCUGCUGGCAGCCCGAUCCCUGGAAAGAGCUCUGGACACACAAGCAGCAUCGUCUAAUGCGCAAACAACACCCAUCACAGGCUUAGAGGUAGUGUCAAAGACAGGAAAACCUCAUGGAAACACUACCCCGGUGAAGAAAGGUGCAUCAGAGCGAGUCUCAUCUUCAACCAGCCAUGGAGCGUCUCCAGAGGUAACAGGGAUUAGCUCCUCAGAGGUGGACAUCCAGAUCAGCCUGGGGCCGAAAGACGGUGUCCCCACUGUUCUCUCUAAGCAGCAGCAGGACAGGAAGUCAACCUGGUCUGUAAAGGAGGCCCCCAGCCCGGUCCUGGACACCAAACCUCCGAAAGCACAGAAGAAGAGCUCGGGGCAAACUGUGAUUGUGAACAUGGUGGAGAAACCCUCCAAUACCGUGUUUUCGCCGCCCAGACGUAAACUGCCCUUCUCCAAGUCAGAUAAGGAUUUAGUGAACCAGGAAAGGUCUCUGGCCAUGUUCAGAGAUGAUUCCAAAACAUCUGGGUCGAGAAACAGAGAGGUGGGUCGCCCUGGCCCCAAAAAGAAAGCCCGAAUGUCCCGGACGCGCUCCGACUUCCUCACCCGCUGUAACUCUGAGGGAGCCACCCAAUCAGAUGAUGAUGAUGAAUACUACGUCCCCGUCCACUCCCACACGCUGCCCCCCUCCCUGACUCCCACACGUGCCCACCCGGAGGCUGACUGUCACAGUGACUCGGAGAUGGGCUCUCACAAAGACCAGAAAAAGAUCCACAAGACCAUGUCCUCAGGAGACCUGGGCAAGGUGGAAGUCCUCAGGAAAACCUCCAGUCAGGAUGGAGGCAUAAUGAAAGGAAAGAUGAGAUUCUGGAGUAAAUCAAGGCACAGCGAGAAGAAACUGUCAAGAGAGAAACAGGCCAGCAGGAGUGAAGCUGAAGUCCCCUCUCCUCCUCACAGCCCUGACUUGGAGGCGGCUUAUCCUCGGGGGGUCAGGGACAGUAAGGAGAACAAGGAGCUGUCUCCGAAGAUGAGGAGGCGUCGUAGCUUGAAGAUCAGCAGCAUCACUCUAGAGCCGGCUCAGUGGCAAAACGACUCUCUGCACAUCCUCACGUCUGCGCACGACUACCGCAGCAUGAACGACUUCCUCAUGAAGAAGAUUGCAGACCUGGAGUCUGAAGAUGGAAAACAUGACACAAUGGUUGAUGUCGUCUUCAAGAAAGCUCUGAAAGAGUUCAGGAUUAACAUCUUUAACUCCUACUCCACAGCCUUAGCGAUGGAUGAUGGGAAGAGUAUCCGUUACAAGGAUCUGUACGCGCUGUUUGAACACAUCCUGGAGAAGUCGAUGCGUCUGGAGCAGAGGGACUGGAGUGAGUCGCCGGUGAAGGUGUGGGUCAACACCUUUAAAGUGUUCCUGGAUGAGUUUAUGACCGAGUACAAACCCAUGGAGGGAACCAUCGGCAGGGCUCCUAAACGUGAACGUAAAAAGUCGAGGAAGAAGGAAACUGACAUUGUGGAAGAACACAAUGGCCACAUCUUCAAAUCCACACAGUACAGCAUCCCCACGUACUGCGAGUACUGCUCCUCGCUCAUCUGGAUGAUGGACCGAGCCUGCGUCUGUAAACUGUGUCGCUACGCCUGCCACAGAAAGUGCUGCUCCAAGAUGACCACCAAGUGCAGUAAAAAGUACGAUCCAGAGCUGUCGUCUCGUCAGUUUGGCGUGGAGUUGUCCCGUCUGACCAGCGAGGAGCGAGCUGUACCUCAGCUGGUGGAGAAACUCAUCAACUACAUCGAGAUGCACGGCCUCUACACAGAGGGGAUCUACAGGAAGUCAGGCUCCACCAAUAAGAUCAAAGAACUGCGACAGGGGCUGGACACAGAUGUGAGCAUUGUUAACCUGGAUGACUACAACAUCCAUGUCAUCGCCAGCGUUCUCAAACAGUGGCUUCGUGACCUUCCCAGCCCUCUCAUGACAUUUGAACUGUACGAGGAGUUCCUCAGGGCCAUGGGUCAGCCAGACAAGCGGGAGGUGAUCCGCGGGGUGUAUUCAGUCAUCGACCAGCUCAGCAGGACGCACCUCAGCACGCUGGAGCGCCUCAUCUUCCAUCUGGUCAGGAUCGCCCUGCAGGAGGAGACUAACCGGAUGUCAGCCAACGCCCUCGCCAUCGUGUUCGCUCCAUGCAUCCUUCGCUGCCCUGACACCAUCGACCCGCUGCAGAGCGUCCAGGACAUCAGCAAAACUACAGCGUGUGUCGAGCUGAUCAUCAACGAGCAGAUGAGCAAAUACAAAGCUCGUCUGAAGGACAUCAGCAGUCUGGAGUUUGCAGAGAGCAAAGCCAAGAGCAGACUGACCCACAUCAGGAAGUCCAUGAAACCAGUACUAAUUGCUGUUAGGUUUAUGAGCAUAACCCGCACUGCCACCCCGCCUAACACAGCUAAACUAAAGAGCAAAAGUCGGGUUCGACAGAGCAGCACCCACACGCCCUCUCCUCCUCUCAGCCCCAGGGCGCCUUCCGUGGUGGAUGGUGAGACUGCAGGGGGAGGAGGAAGUGGAGGAGUAGAGGAUGCAGCAGAGAGCGGGCUAAACGAGCAGCAGCAACAGGCGAUGCAGCAGGAGGAACGAAUCCUCACUGAGCAGAUUGAGAGUCUGCAAAAAGAGAAGGAGGAAUUAACCUAUGAGAUGCUGAUUCUGGAGCCACGGGCGUCUGAUGAUGAAACUCCUGAAUCCGAAGCAUCCAUCGGCACAGCAGACAGUUCAGAAAACAUCACCAUGGAGACAGAAGGAGCCACCUCAGACCCCUCAGAGCGCGGCACGUAUCGCUCCAGAAAGUCAGAAGCAAAAAGCAGACGAGCUCUUCGUCGUCAACCCGACUCCCAGGACUCUGCAGACUCCACCUCCACCCUCUCCUCCUCCUACCACCCAUCCUCCUCUCUCUCAUCCAACGCCUCCGGCUCUCCCUCCCCUCACUACCGCUUUCGCUCCUCCUCCUCGGGGCCCUUGCUCACGUCUUGCGGCUUGGGGGCCCCGCUGGCGGAGGCGGAGGGAAGCCUAAGAUCAGGUAAGACCCGCCACAGGCUCCGACUCAGCCGCAGCUCGCCACGCGAGGGGGGCCACAGAAGGGAGUCGGACUUCAGCGCGGGGCCUCAGCAGCUGGUUCUGUACGGCAGCAAUGAGUUCAUGGUGUGAAAAUGAGGAGGGAGGAGAAGACGGCUGAAGCUUGAGAGGGAGAGUCGGGGUGAGAUGAGGCUGGUCAUGGGGCGAGGUUUGAGCCCCUCCUCGGCGCCCACUCCCUCUCCUGGUCUGGAAAGAGCAGAACUCAGUGGGAGUUAUGGAAAAGAGGACACAGAGAGACAUAAUGUCAGGAUUGAUUGCUAACGUAAACAGAAAGGAGUGGUCAACCAUGUUGGUUUCAUCUGCUGGAGCCUCACAGUCGAUACUGGAGGAGAGAAAUCCCACACCUGCAAAGCCAAAUCUUACCGUGCCCCCAUCUUUCUUUUGAGCAUGUGGGCAGCCACCCAGAAGAAAUGUAGCCAUACUGACUGACUGAUUUAAACUGGUGGACGUUUCGUCUGUAACCAGCGCCAAGCUAAGUCUGCUUUUUCACGUUUACACGGGACACACCAGCCAAGAGGCUGCAUGCGACUCCAUCACAUUUUCCUACAUCAGUUUGGAGAUUGUACAGAAGUAUGUUACAGCUGUAUGUUACAUUAUGAUUAUUAUUAUUAUUAAUAUUAUUAUAAUUAUGUUGCAGAGGAAAAAAGUGUACAUAGGAAGAAAAGUCCAGUGCUGCUCCUGGUUCGUUCAUUGUUGGAUUUAUCUCUUUUUCCUGUUCUUUGUUUUGCAAAGUGAAGUGUCUGGAAUUUUAGGUUCCACUUUUGUUUCUGUGCUGUUUUCUUUUCUUGAUUAUUUGUUUCUUUUUCCUUCUUCCCAAUGAACAGAGCCAGUUCAACUCUUGAGAAAUAAUAGAAGGAAAAGCUGUGGAUGUGCGCUCGCAGUGCUGCGUGUCGUCUGGUGUCACGUUUACUUGACUUUGGGGAUCAAACGUCAAUCAGCCAUAAGUGUAUUGUAUCUGCCUUUCCCUGCAAGCUCUCUUUUCUUCUGUUUUUAUCCAGAAACAUCAGUGUUACUGCGCCAGGACUUGAAUUUUUUAAAUAUAAAUAUAUUAUUGCUGUAUUAUAGGUGUUGUUAUUGAUAUCAAAGAUGUCAUGUUUUUGCUGUCAAUAUUGUUCCAUGGUUUAUUUUUGCUCAGAUGAAAGCCAUUAUUUUUUCUUCCUGCGUGUGUGUGUGCAUGUUUGAAUGAAUGGACGAGUUAUUCCUGCCACUGAAUCAACUCCCACUCUGUGCAUGUGUUGUAUUCUUUUACACACAUUCACAGGUUUGCCACCAGAAAUAUGGUGUUCUUGUAAAGGUGAUAGAAGUCUCUGCAGCCAUUGAGUGACACUAAAACUAACUCAGAUGCACACAGUGUUUCAUACGUCUGAUUUUAAUGCACAUGUGGGGAAACUGGUGCACUUGCUCACAAAGUCAGACCGUCCAUGAUUUCCUCUGAGCCAUCCAGAACACUCUUCUUCGUCUUGACCUUGUUUCUCCAAGUCAUCCUCAUAUUUGUUACUAUCCUCUAUUUUCUGAUCUUUAUCUUGUCCUUUCGUUGCCUCCUUUUUCAUCUCAAGUUUUGUUAUCUUUUUUCUUUUCUUUGUGUUCUUUGCCUUCUUCUUGCCAUCCUUAUUUUUGGGGUCUUUUACUUGUCGGUGUCUGUCUUUUUGUUCUUUUUAUUGUCUUCAUCUCUUCAUUCUUUUUCUUCUGCUCUUUGGUCUUAAAAGGGAUAUUACGUAUUUUUUUAAGUUGGGUUGUAUAAGGCCUUGGUCCUCAUCUGGUGGAGUGAAGUCCCAAAGGCCACUUUCACUGUGCUGUGGAUGUGUGUCUGCAAAAAGUCUAUGAUGUGCUUUUAUUUUAAAGUGUUUGUCUCCAUCUCCUUGUUCUGUAACAUCAUUUGUUCCAUCUCAAGUCCAAACUGCCCAAUUUCUAACUAAAAAUAUUAAGUUUUGAUUGAAAAAUUGUAGAAAUGUGGUUCCUGAAUUUUUGGUAAGGAGGAGGUGGUGGGUCCUAAAGCUGAACCAACUGAAAACCAGUGGUACAAGGUACUUAGUAAUGGUAAUUGUACUAGUCUGCUAGCCCCUGUAUGGAGAGCACGCUUAUGGCAACAUAGCGAUUUGGAUGGUUUUCAGCUGCUCCACAUAUUUUAGUGCAAUGGUUCUCAAUUAAUGGGGCUUCAGCACCCGACACCACUUUCUAUGAGAAAUCAUAACAUAGAUUUUCAACUGCUCAAAUAAAUUUGAUGAAAAAUGUUUUAUUUUGGACCUUAGAUGUAACAAAAAUAUGCUUGAACAAGGAGACAGAACAGAACAAGCAUGUUUAAAAAGUUUUACAAGGGCUUGCAUGCAAUUUUUCCCCCAAGAUAGUGUAAAACUUUUGGUAAUUUCUUGAGGAAUAACCUCGCCAUCUUGGGUUUAAUAAGUAGAAAUAUGGAGAAAAUAGCUGAAAUGUCCUUGCUGUUACAUCAAAACUAAGUAAAACAAAAGUAUGGAUUUUUUUCCACUCAGGGCUUCUGUGCACCUUAGACUUUUUGCCAGUUUUUUUCCAGGUAUUCAUUCCCAUCUCAUCUCAUCUUAAAUAUCUCUGCAACCCACUCUUAGGUCCUGGCCCACUACUUGAAUACUACUGAUGCAGUGAAUUUAAGGUAAAAAAAAAAGUCAGUGUUGUCUUAAAUGGCUGCAACACAGAGCAAAAUUGAAGCAUUUCAUUCUUCCUACUAAAAGCCUCUGUGUUUGGCACUAUUGCUAUGCAACAAAUCGGCUACGUGUUCUUCAUUGUCCUCUGAACAGCUGUUUGGGUCCCAGCGCUGUAACAGGAUCCAGUACCGGUUACUGAGUUUUUCAUAGUUGUUUAUUCAUUGAAACAUUUUUACAUUGAAGCUGUUCUCCGAUUAACAUUAUGAAUGUCAUCAGCUAUAGAUUCUUUGCCGAUGACGUCAAACAGCAGCAGUAGUGAUUUCUACCUAAAGAGAUGCUUUGCUGUUUAGCUGUUUAGGACUAUGCCAAGCAUUCAAAGUGCGAAAAUGUGAACAAUCUUUAUUGUCAAGCUACUUUAUUAAUCCAUCUCUUUUAGGAGAUCUAGAUCACUUGGCUCAGCUUGGUAGAGCUUGUUGUUUGGCUCCAAACAGAUCUUCAUUUGGUCACAGUCUGUCUUUUUAAUGUGGAUCAAAUAAAGAGAUAGGAUGGAGGAAAGGAAACUGGCACUUAAGCAGGUGCUAGCUACCAUAAAGGAGUCUUUUUGUACCACAGGCUCGUUUGUGAACUGCUCAUAUUUUCUCAAUCUCUCACCCCACAAGGUUUAUUGAGUUGAUAGUAUGUCAUUGUUUCACUUUAAAGGAUGUUUGCGACAAAACAAGAAUUUUUUAGAUGUUGAAGGGGCUCAGCUAGCCUCUUAGCUCAGUACAAGACUCCUCUAGACUCUUGUCUCCCUUUAUCUGGCUAGAUGAUGCUUGGACAUUGAGUAUUUGUGAUAUUGAUCGCCUCCUUGCCAGGUCAAUCAGUUAAACUGUAGUAAAAGCCCUUUUUGGUAAAAUGUAGGGAUUGAAUUCAAUGUAUGUUGAAAUUUGCUAACUUUACUCGGUUCCCAUUCUUUCCUGAAGGCUGUCCCCCACUUCCUGAUCCUCAGACAUUCAAAUGAUUGCAAACAACCUAUAGAGAGGAAUACUAAAGACAAGUAUGUACUACAGAUAACCAAGUACAAUAAUGGGUAGGCCUGUAGUGUGAGUUAUUCAAUCUAACCUUAAACAGCAGAUUACAAGAAUAAAGUGCCACUCAUCAAAUUUUAGUUUUGCCCUUCUUGUCAGAGUCUGUUCUUUCAGUUUAUCUUGCUAUAGCUGAAGAAGAUCUGUAAAACACUGGUGCUCAGAAAGGCAGGGAACUCCGGAUGGUGAGUGAUGCAGCUGCUAUCCUCUUAUAAAAAAUGAAAGACUUUCAGCCUGCUGAGUCUGCAGAUGUUGUUCCUCUGUGUACUCUGGGCCAUGAAAGUGCCCCCUUGUAGCUCCUGUAAACGGCAUGUCAUCAUCACUUGAAUCAUAAAUGCCUAUUAAUAGUUAGGGUUUUUGUUUAUGUCAGAGCUGAGGUGGAAGAACACAUAGCAUAUUUCUUGGAUCACAAAAAAGUGCAAACACAGUGGCUUUCAGGAGUAAAAAAACAUUUUAAUUUUUUUUUUUUUUUUUAAACGCUGUAUUACCUAACUUUCUUGCCCAUUCCUGCAGCAUGCUCUUCUUCAAGGGAAAACACAGACUGACAUUUGUCAUGGCUUAUAUAAUUACUAUUGCCAAGUACCUUAUACAGCCACACUUCAAAAAAUGCUGAAAUAUCCCUUUAACUUUUUUUUGUCGUUGUCAUCUUCUUUUCUUGUCCUUGUUGGCCUUCUUCUUCAUCAUCUCUGAUUUUUUUUUUUACUUUUAUUAUCUUAUUCUUUUGUUUUGUUGUCUUUUUUAUGUCUCUCUCUCCUCUCUCCCUCCCUCUCUUCCCCCUUCCUCUCUUUCGUCAUAAUACCAGCUCUUCCAUCCUCUUCUCUCCUGCCUCUGGCUGUGAAAAGUAGCAUUAAUCCUGCCUGUUAACCAGACAAAAAAGUAGCAUCUCACUCAUCCUGUCCACAUGUUCUCUGCAUAUUCUUACUCUCUCUGUAUACAUUACUCAAACUCUCAAUAUAUUCUUCAGUUUAACGGGCACACUUGGUAGCUUCACAGCGAUGAUGUCUCUGCACUCAAGCUCUGCUUCCUGCGUCUAUGAUGAGAUGUUUUUAGGGCAGCCUUUGCUCCGAUCUCACAACACAAUCAGUGUUAAUCCACUUUUCUGAAGCUCUCAGUAAAUAAACGCUGCUGAUCUCAGUUUUCAUGCUGGUGUGGAGACUUGCAUGGUGUUGUCUUUCUACAACAGAAAAAAAAAGUUCAGAGCUGAGCAGAAAGGACAAAACUGAUCCAGGUUAAACAUCUUUACGCUGGUAUUUAACAGGAUGGUCUUUGUACACGUGUCGACUGUCCACAUGGCAAAAAAUACAUAAAAAUAAUAAGGAAGAAAAAAAGUGAAUGUACCUGUCACUGGAAGGCAUGCUUUGCUUUCUCUGGUUGUUUUUGUUCCUCUUUUAUACACAGUGUAUGUACUAUUUAUGAUCAUGCUUUUGGGGUGUACAUUGGUUUAAAAGAAUCUGUUAUAAAAGGUGUUAUUAAAGGAUAUAUUAUCCUGUG